UAUUCUAUGUAUUUAAUCUGUAAAUUUUAGGUUAGCGAGGGAGUUCCUGUUAUUUAUAUGGUCUAAGAUUUACUCUUGUACGUUAGAACUAGUGUAAAUACUCGGUGACACUGUGUCAAUUCUAUGCUCUGUGUCUUGGAGUUAUUCAUUUGACAUUUCUGAUUUCGUAUGAAAUCUAGAUUGUCUGUGAUCUAAAAUCAUUAGCGUUGGUUUGGUUUUCAUUUGCUAGACUUUCAAGUCUUGAAAAUAAAAUUUUUAUACAUGCGAAAUCUAUGAAUUAUUGACCAAAUUAUGAGUGUUGUGCUCUAAAAGAUAAAUACUAAAAUUUUUGUCAAAUUAAUACUCGUGAGAUGCGCUUCCCUUUGUUAUUCUGAUAAGCAUACCUUUUCUGAAAAUAGGUAUUGAUUGUUUUUCUUGGUAGUGAGGUGACUUGUGAGAAAAUAAUUGGGAAUGUUAUCUCAUUAAUCUAUUUGUGUAAUAGACAUUUAUACUUUAUUCAGAUACUGCAUAACCUGCGGAAUGAAUCUUGAUAAUUCCUCUAGAGAAAACUCAGAAGCUUUGGACUCUAUUAGUACUGUGAGCCCGAGAGAAAAAUAUCACGGCAUGAGGGAGAAGAAAUUGUCGGCUGCGUCCCUCACGAACACUGAGGGCGCGCGGCCUAAAGUAGUGACUGUUAAGCAUCCAGAGUCCAACAAACCCAAGCCAACUGCUAGAAAAAACAAACCAAUACAGGCGGACCUGGAUGUUAUCAAAGAAUUUAUUAGAUGUCGAGACGAAGGAGUAAAAAGAUUGGAUCUAAGCAAAUCCUCCAUCACAUCCUUGCCACCCAAUGUUCGAGAUCUGACCCAUCUGGCUGAGUUUUACUUGUAUGGAAAUAAGUUAGUGGCUCUACCUGCUGAAUUUGGCUGUCUGACCAACCUACAAACUUUAGCUUUGAAUGAGAAUUCGCUCACAAGCUUACCAGACUCUCUAGCUAACUUAAGGUGUUUGAAGGUUUUGGAUUUGCGGCAUAACAAAUUAAGUGACAUACCAGAAGUUGUAUAUAAGUUGACUUCUCUGACCACUUUGUUUUUACGCUUUAACAGAAUCAGAGUUGUUGGGGAUGGUAUAGCUAAUCUAACAAACCUCACUAUGUUGAGUUUGAGAGAAAAUAAAAUAAAAGAAUUAUCCUCUGGAAUUGGUAAGCUUGUGAAUUUGGUAACUUUUGAUGUUUCUCACAAUCAUUUGGAGCAUUUGCCACAGGAAAUAGGAAACUGUGUAAAUUUGUCUACAUUGGAUUUGCAACAUAACGAUCUACUUGAUAUACCAGAGACUAUAGGCAACCUUCAUGCACUGAAUCGUAUUGGUCUUCGAUACAAUCGCCUCACAGGCAUACCUGCAACAUUGAGUAAUUGCAAGCAUAUGGAUGAGUUUAAUGUUGAGGGAAACUCUAUUUCACAACUGCCUGAUGGACUGCUUUGCAGUUUGACAGAGCUUACAAGCCUGACAUUGUCCCGUAAUUCAUUCAUGAGCUACCCCAGUGGAGGCCCCGCUCAAUUUACAAGCGUUUCUGCAAUAAACCUUGAACACAACCAGAUUGAUAAAAUCCCUUAUGGGAUAUUCUCCAGAGCCAGAAAUUUAACUAAAUUGAUUAUGAAAGAGAACUUACUCACAUCUCUACCUCUAGAUAUAGGACAGUGGACGAACAUGGUGGAGCUAAAUCUGGGCACCAACCAACUGACCAAACUACCAGAUGACAUUCAGAGUCUAGUAAAUUUGGAAGUAUUGAUAUUAUCAAACAAUCUUCUCAAGCGCAUCCCACCCAGUGUUGGUAAUUUGAAAAAACUAAGAGUAUUGGAUCUAGAGGAAAAUAAAAUAGAAGUCCUGCCUAAUGAAAUUGGGUUGCUACAGGGAUUGAAAAAGCUAAUUGUGCAAUCCAAUCAGUUGACAUCACUGCCUCGUUCCAUUGGUCAUCUUAUUAAUUUAACAUAUUUGAGCGUUGGUGAAAAUAACUUGCAGUAUUUACCAGAAGAAAUUGGUACCCUAGAAAAUCUGGAGUCAUUGUAUCUUAAUGAUAAUUUAAAUUUGUGCAAUCUGCCAUUUGAAUUGGCUUUAUGUGUAAGCUUACAAAUUAUGAGCAUUGAAAAUUGUCCUUUAACAUCAUUGCCCCCCGAGGUGGUGUCCUCAGGGCCAUCCCUGGUAAUCCAAUACCUUAAAUCACAAGGACCGUACAGAGCUAUGUGAUAUGAGGUUGAAGAUUAUUAUCAACCUGGUGUGCCAGGGGCAGAUGAUAAUUAAACAAACUAAAAAUGUCAAGUAAAAAGAAAAACAAAUUAUGCUCGAGCAACAAAGUAUGUUUUAACAUAUAACAAUAAGGAUACUGACUGUAAAAUAUUAAACUAUAUUGGGAUUUGAUACUCAUUGGUAUCCUAAUUAUUAAUUUCAAGAAUUAUUAUGAUUCCAUAUUUUAUAGCUGUGACAGUAAUUAAUUUACUGUCCACUUCAUGAAACUGUUCUAAUAAUAUCACACUUACUCAUACUUCAUUUGGAUCAGUACCUACUUUUGCAACUGUAUUUAUGAACAUAUUUAAAUGGGUUGCCGCAAUGAUUGUACUGAACUGUCUGUAUAUGUACCCAAUAAGAUUAUUAAUAGUUGUUAUUGUAAUAAUAAUUGCUGUACAUAAUGUAAAUGCACAACCAAUAAUUGUAGGUUAGUUUAUUAGUCUAAAAUUCUUUUUAAACUGAAGGCCAAAUCAAGAUGUUGAAUGCUGAAUUGUGACUGGUUGUAUAGUAUUCAUGAAUGCUAUCUGUAAUAAAAUAUUUAAAUUGACUAAGUCAUAUAAUUUGUUGCAGUUGACUAAAGACCAAUAAUUAGGUACAAGUUUGAUACCUAGGUUUGGUCUACAGUAAGAAAUUUAUAUUUCCAUGUGUAUAUAAAUUAAAGCAUGUAGAUGCCAAAAUACUAAAAUAGUUAUAUGCUAAAUAUUUUCUUAGACUAUGUGUGUUAAGCUUGUUAGGUUUACCAAGCCAGUCAGCAGUUUGUAUACAAUUUUUAAUAAGACUUUCAAAACAAUUUUUGUUGUAUACAAGGCAGUAGCAAAAAUAUAGCACAACUUUAAAACUGUCAGUUGAAUAUACAACUAAAUUGGUCUCAAAUUACUAUUUUUAUUGUAUAACUUAUUUUAUUAUAAAUCCUGUUUUAUUAUCUGGUAAGUCUGCAAAUAUAAGAGAUUUAUAUCAAAUUUCUACUUUUUUAUAAAGGACUUGUUUGUGUUUAUUUAAAAAGUGUUAUUGUCUCAAUUUAUAAGGAUCUCUAAUAUAGGUCAGUAUUUGACUUGAUGAUAGUAUUAUUACUACUUUUUGUUUGUAUAUUAUACAUUAUAUACUUUCAUUUGUGUAACAGAUUAUAUAAUUAUAAUGAAAAUCAAGCCAAUUUGUGUAGGCAAUUUCCAGUCAUUCUGUUUAAAGUGUUCCAUUUUUUAACAUAUAUACAUAUAAGUCUUAAAUGAAUUAUGUUUAAAAUAUUUGUAGGAUGUUAGGGUAUAAAUCUGUUAUUUAUCAAUGUUGUCCUAAAAUGUUGCAUUUAACAAUUGCUCUUUGUAAUCUUAAGUAUUUCUCAAUACAUAUAUGAUUUUGUAAUGUUAAGUUGCUACUAUAUUGAUUUAUGUAUCCAGUAUUCAUGUUUCUGUAAUGAUAAAUGUAUCAGGCUAAGGGGCCUAGUCAUGUUGAUCACCUAAUACAGGUGCCUAUUGUAUCAUUUGUAGCAGACAAUGGGGAUGAUGACUAGGUUUGAAUAUAUUGAUUUUUAUGAUACAUUCGGGUAAAUAGGGUCAAUGUUAACUAAAUUAUACAUAAAAAGCAAAGAUUGUCUGGAUAUUUUCAAAAUAAAUGAGAUUAUAAAAUUUCAAAAACUAUUAAAAAAAAAUUAUCGUAAUUAGAUGAAAAUUCAUACAGUUUUAGCUUCCUUACAUUAAAUGUGACAUUUUUUAAUAUAUGAACUAUAAAGAUAAACGCACAAAUAACAAAGAUAUUUGUAAUUUUGUUUGAACGCGCAUACAAAUCUAACGAUCAUUACAUUGCCUAUGACGUCAUUUUUUCGAGCCAUUUUGUAUGGGGCGUUUUUCAGGGAUCCGCGGCAGCGCCGCAAAUCUGACUCUUUGAAUCCCUGUAGCUCCGAAAGUAAUGAUCGCAGAUACCCUGUUCCUUUUACAAAAUUGCUUUACUAUUAGUAUACUCUUAAUUUAUAUACAAUUUAAAAAACUGUCAUCAUCCCUAUUACUUUACAUAUAAUGCCAAUUGUUCUGUUUAUAAUAUUAGGUGUAGAAUAUACAUACAUAAAAUAUUGUAAGAUGUUGAUUAAAUUGUCUUCUAAUUGUGUACUGUGUUGGUACCUUUUUUUAUUAUGAUCUUGAAUAAUUAAGAUUGCUUUAUUUGUAGGUAGGUAUGCAAUCAGAAAGAUGUUAUUACCCCUGAAGGGAUUGAUUGAAACAAGUUCAGUUGCUAUUCAGAAGCAAGAAGUUGCUUAAUUGCAAGUUUAUAACUUUGUUGUAUCUGUCUUGGUAAUUGUAGCAAUUUCUGAUGCAAUUGUAUUGGCAGAAAGGAAAAAAAUAGGAAUGCAAAUUUCUAUUUAUAAUGAAAGUAUUUCUGACACCAAAGUCAUCUAGCGAUAUCUUGGGGGUUUUCUAAAUUUCUUAUUUUACCUUUUGAUCCAUAUAUUUCCACCCCAAGAACAGUUACUAAAUUUGAAAAUGAUAUCCCUCCUUUUAUUUCAAGGUUUCAAGAUGCGACUGCCAGUUAAGCUUUUUUUUAUUCUUUACAAGUUAGCCCUUGACUACAAGUUAAUUUAAAUAUUAAAUCUAGUGGUAAUAACAUCUCUGUAUGCAAUAAAUUAAAAUUAUAAUUGAUGGAAAAAUAAACUUAAAAUUCAUAUCUGCUACUUAUAUAUAUUUUUCUUAAAUGUUUAUCUAAAUGUUAGUAAUAAAAUUGGCAUUUAUUGUUAUUGUACUAGAAUAUUUGAAAUACCUACCUUAUCCAAAAGUGCAAUAUGAUUGCAAUGUAAUAAUCAAAUGUCAUUGAUGUUAUUACAACAGUAAAAUGUUUUUUCCCAAAAGAUCAUGACUAUUAAAUAUUAAUGUUUUAAUGACCCAUGUGUUAUAUUAAAUUACAUAAUCAAAA